AGAUGAACAUAACAAAGAAACGCAGCGUUUCAUCUUAUGAGCGCCAAAGAACAGUACAAAUUUCAUUUUAGCACCGAAGCAAAGAUGAACCAAAAUGCAUGGGAAAUAGCUAGCUCUCUAGGGUUUGCAUUGCCAUUUUCGUUUUGAGAAAUCUCCAUUCUCUCUGCAUUUCAACUUCCGAUGGCAGAGAACAACGUUACAGUCUCAUAUACAGUGAAAGUGACCGUUACAGUCACCAUCACCGACGAAGACGAACUCCUUCCUGAUCGAGAAACACAAGCUACUUUGAAAGACAAUGGCGACGUUGAAGGAAAGGAGCCGGUGGAGAAAGACGGAGAAUCGAGUAAAUUUGAUGACGGUGGAGAAAAGGAACCGGUGGAGGAAGACGGAGAAACGAGGAAGCUCAAUGACGUGGCACCACCUGAAGUACGUUCUUCUUCUUCUACUCCGGUGUUGUUAAAAAGAGAGAAGAAAAGACGUGGUACAAAAAGAAAGUCAGAUUGUGAUGUUUCAAGGAAUAAUCGAAACAAGAAAGUUACAUUCAACGAAGCAGACUCCUUAAUGUGCCAUCAGUGCCAGAGAAAUGAUAAGGGCAGAGUUGUCAGAUGCACUAAAUGCAAACGGAAAAGAUUUUGCAUACCCUGUAUAACUAAUUGGUAUCCUAAGCUGAAAGAGACCGAUGUUGCUGAAGCGUGUCCUGUGUGCUGUGAUAAUUGCAAUUGCAAAGCUUGCUUGCGUUCCUUUAAGUGUAUCAAUGAAAUGAAGCAAAGGGUUGAAACCAACAUAACCAAGGAAGAGGAGGUUGAGUUCUCUAAGUAUGUGCUUAAAGGACUUCUUCCGUAUUUAAGACAGUUGGAUGAAGAACAAAUUAUUGAGAAGGAAAGGGAAGCGAAGAGACAAGGGCUCUCAUUCUCAAAGUUUGAAGUAAAAGAGGGAGACUAUUUUAAAGAUGAGCGUGUGUACUGUGACAACUGCAAAACGUCAAUAUUUGACUACCAUAGAAGUUGUACAAAAUGCCCUUUUGACAUUUGUCUCCUUUGUUGCCGGGAGCUUCGUGAUGGGAAGCUUCUCGGUGGUGCAGAUCCAAUUGAGUUUGAUUUUAUCUUCAGAGGGCCUAAUUAUCUGCAUGGUGGAAAUGAAGAGAGAAUUGUCAGAGGAAAUAAACCUUGUGAUGCCGCCGAGCCUGAGAUUCGUGAGUGGUCAAGAUCUAGAUGGCAUGCGAAUGGUGAUGGUAGCAUUCCCUGUCCAAAAGCCGAUAAUGAAUGUGAUCAUGGUUUCCUGGAACUGAGAAGGAUACUUCCUCUAAAUUGCAUCUCUGAGUUAGUAUGUAAAGCUGAAGAACUUGCAGAAAAAUUUAAGCUUCACGUUGUUCACCUUGCAGAGGAGACUCUUGAUGAUAGGUGUUCGUGUUGGAAGUCUGUUAGGAGCGCAGAUGGUAUCUACAGUAACCUAAGGAAAGCAGCUUUUCGUAAAGAUUCCAGUGACAACUUUUUGUACUGUCCUAGGGCUGUAGGUCUACAUCAGGAAGAUUUAAGGCAUUUUCAAUGGCACUGGAGCAAAGGGGAGCCUGUAAUUGUGAGCAAUGUACUUGAAUGUACAUCUGGUUUAAGCUGGGAGCCACUAGUCAUGUGGCGUGCAUUUCGUCAAAUAGCCAAUUCCAAGUUCGAUGUACUUUUAGAUGUGAAGACAAUUAAUUGCUUAGAUUGGUGUGAGGGAGAUAUUAAUAUCCACCAGUUCUUUACUGGGUACACAAAGGGUCGCAAGGAUUGGCUUAAUUGGCCUGAGAUGUUGAAAUUGAAAGAUUGGCCUCCUUUUGAUUUAUUUCAGGAACUUUUACCCCGUCAUCAUGCUGAGUUCAUAUCUUCCUUGCCUUUUAAAGAGUAUACAGAUCCUUUUAAGGGGGCUCUCAACCUUUAUGUGAAAUUGCCGGAUUAUUGUGUGAAGCCAGACAUGGGGCCAAGAACAUAUGUUGCUUAUGGAUUUGCUCAGGAGCUUGGACGUGGUGAUUCCGUGACUAAGCUCCACUGUGAUGUGUCUGAUGCUGUAAAUGUGUUGACUCAUAUUGCUAAAGUGGAGCUGAAACCUGAGGAAGCUACAGCCAUUAAGAGAUUGACACGCAAGCACCUCGAGCAAGAUAAGAGGGAGCUACAUGGUGAUGAGAAAGUAACACUGAAACAAAAAGACAGUUCGAUGGUUGGAGAGGAUUCUUUAGAUGGCGCUCUCUGGGACAUUUUUCGGAGAGAGGAUGCACCCAAAUUGCAGGAAUAUCUAAAGAAGCAUUUCAGAGAGUUCAGACAUGUCCACUGCAAUCCUUUAAAGCAGGUUAUUCACCCUAUUCAUGAUCAGACCAUUUAUCUGACUACGGAGCAUAAGAUGAAACUUAAGGAGGAGUAUGGAAUUGAGCCUUGGACUUUUGUUCAGAAGCUAGGAGAUGCUGUUUUAAUUCCUGCUGGUUUACCUCACCAAGUUAGAAAUCUGAAGUCAUGCUUCAAGGUUGCACUUGAUUUUGUCUCUCCUGAACAUGUUGGCGAGUGCAUCCGUUUGACAGAGGAAUUUCGCAAGCUUCCGAUAAAUCACAAAGCAUCCGAGGACAAGUUUGAGGUGAAGAAAAUUAUCAUCCAUGCUAUGCGUGAUGUGGUUGAAAAAUUAGAGAACGCAAGGUCUAGGUAAUCAAGGUUUCUGUAUAUAUAUACCAGAGAGAGAUUGAAUCCAUUUUGAUGAGGUUUGGUAAUCAAGGUUUCAUAUUUUGUUUUAUCUGGCGCAUUUUGAUGAGGUACAUUGGAAAAACUAAAUGCUGGCGUGUAAUUGUAUACCUGUGGACUGUGGUGCUAAUUAUUAUCAGGUAGAUUCAAGUGUAUGAGUAGAUGCCAAUGUGAAUAUUGUCCUAAUCAUACUUGUGACUGCAUAUAUAGAGAUUCGAAGUUGCCCUUUGUUGCAGCACGUUUUGCAAAAUAUGGGAGAUGUUGCUUUAUUUGAUGUCAUGUCAAGUAAUUGUUUUGCUUACAAAAAGAGAAUUCUAUUAAGUGUACAAAUAUAGUUAAGUUGAGUCUUAGUGAAGUAAAUUUUUAUUGGCUCAAACUUAUUACUUCCCUUUUUGUUAUAUUUCAGCAGACAAGGGGAAUGACAUUGGAAUAUACAGAUGUAUAAAUAUAGAACUAGUUGAGUCUUUAGUGAGGUAAACUAUAUAUUCACUAAAACACAAUACUUCCCUAUGUUUUAGAUCA